AUGACCACCACCCAGCCCCCAAGCGAACCCACCCGCCGCACCACCGCCCUCCGCAACCUCCAAACCCUGUACACCAACCUAACCCUCCUGCACACCAUCGCCUCCCCCUCCAUAAUCCUGCACCCCGCCGACCGCGACCUGACCACGCCCCCGCGCCCCCCACUCGUAGGCAUCGCCGCGGCCCAGCAGCACGAGGAAGACCUUGUCGCGGCGGCGGCGCGCAGGGGCGGGUUGGUGAUGGAGGUUGGGGUUGGGAGCGGGGGGAUGGUGGUGGAUGAGGGGGGGGUGUUUGGGUGCGUUAUGGGGGUUUUGAGGGGCGGUUCUUCUUCUUCUGGUGCUAGUUCUUGCGAGGGGAAGGGGGGAGACGGCCAAGAGGGCAGGGGGGGAGGUGAGGGGGUGGAGAGGGAGAAGCAGAAGGAGGGGAUCGCGAUGCCGUUUUGUGGGGUGUGGAGGUUUGAUGAGAUGGGGAGGGCUGUUGAGCACUGGGAGAAUGCGGCUGAUCCGGCGGCGCUGGGGCGGUGGUUGAGGGGCGAGUAG